AUGUUCGGUGUUAAAUAUUCGAUAAGACAACGACGAAUCAAUGCUCCAGCCGUGAAGCGCGCUAUUGGAACGGUGCUUGGUGAAAAAGCGCUAGAUGCUGACGCGUUGAAUGCUCAGCUGCAGUUAGCACGUCGGCUGAAUAUAGACGAAGUGCGCAGAUUGGGUGAUCAGAAUGUUAGUAUUGUCAGUGAAGAUGGUGGUGAAUUGGACCUAUCGUUGGUUGAUUCUCGCGGCAAAUUUGACAUCAGCGCCGAAGAGCAUGAACUUCAAAUCAGGGAAGAGGAGGUAUUGCGAGUGUUUACUUGGAUCCAUUUGUUGGGAUAUAGCUUGCGAUUUGAAUGUAACAAGAAGUUUUUGAGUUGUUUCUGA